GGGACACAAACUCGAACUGCGAAAUCCAAGAUGGACGAAACGAAGAAACCGCUCCGAGUCCCGCCUGCUUUUGGAGUUUACGCCGAGAAACACGGCAUUUUCGAUCUCUACAAGAGGGUGAUAGAGAACAUUGUGAUUGACAAGCCAGAGGAACCGUUACAGUACAUCAUCGACUACCUCAAGCGGGAGAAUGACGAUGUUCAUCAAAUCUGUAUCCUGGGGCCUCCUGCAGCUGGCAAAAGGACAAUUGCCAGAGAGGUGUGCAAGCGACUCCGUGUGGUUCACAUCACCCCCGAGGCUCUGGUAGGGGAUGACGUGAACCCUGUGGCAAAACAGGCCAGGAACAUUGUCAAGAGUGGGGAGUCCAUCCCUGUGGAGGUCUGGGUCAGUCUGGUGAAGAACAGGAUAAAGAGCCACGACUGCAUCAAGAAGGGCUGGCUGUUGGAAGGCUUCCCACAGACCAGGGCCCAGGCUCAGGCUAUCCAGGCUGAGGGAAUCUCACCUAAACACUGUGUUGUUUUGGAGGCCCCAGACACUGUGCUGAUUGAGCGUGUGGCAGGGAAGCGGGUUGACCCACAGACUGGAGAUGUGUACCACACAACAUUUGAUUGGCCGAGUAACUCGGAGAUCGAGUCUCGGCUGGUUGUGCCGGAGGGAAUCACAGAGGAAUCUAUGGUGAACAGCCUGGUGGAGUAUCACAGGCAUACAGCAGAUGUCCUCAGAUGUUUUCCCAAAGUCACCAAGAAAAUCAAUGCAGAUCAACCCAAGGCUGACAUCCUCGCACUAGUUUUGACAUUCCUGAACAGCACCCCUCGCACGGCCGCCCCACACACCCCCAGGAUCGUGCUGCUGGGCCCCACGGGUGCCGGCAAGUCUGUACAGGCCUCCCUCAUCGCAAACAAGUACAACAUCGUCAACUUGUCCUGUGGUGCCCUGAUUAAAGAGGCCAUUGCUGACGAGACCAAGAUUGGAGAAGCUAUCAAGCCGUAUGUGGAGCGAGGCAUGAUGGUCCCAGACAACCUGGUGAUGAAGGUCCUGAGUGAUCGGCUGUCCCGACUGGACGCCGUUAGCCGCGGCUGGGUCAUGCACGGCUUCCCCAGGACACGGGAACAGGCAGAGAGCCUGAAGGACGCCAACCUCGACCCCAACAGGGUGUUUUUCCUGGACAUACCGAAUGACUCUGUGAUGGAGAGACUGGUUCUCAGGAGGACAGAUCCUGUGACAGGAGAGAGGUAUCAUUUCCUGUACAAUCCCCCGCGGACCAAUGAGGUGAAAGCGCGCCUCCAUCAGCACCCCAAGGACGAGGAGGAAGCCGUGAAGAAGCGUCUGAUUGAGUACCAUGCCUACGCGGAGGAGAUCGCAGACUUCUACGAGGCGGCCAUGAGGAUCAACGCUGACCAGGACCCGCACACGGUGUUCGAGUUCAUUGAGAGUAUGAUCGUUAACCCAUUGCCUAAGAAGCAUGGCGAGGACUAGCACUUACAACUUUCCAUCUCACUUAGUCUAGUAUAUUCAGGGCUCAAAAUACUUUUUCUGCACACCUGCAGUGGUGCAGGUAACAUUGAAAAUUACCUGCACCAAACAAUUUUUACUUGCACCACUCAGAAUUUAUAGGAAGUAUGGAUCACACUAUUGUCCAGAAACCAUUACCAUUAUUUCUUUUAUACUCUAUAGGCAGUAACAGUCAUAAAAAUCCACAUACACCUACGUGUACGUGUAAACCCUGUACCAGUGUAGGUAACGUGCGAGUAUACGUAGACAUAAGAAAUACCUGAAACGCCCCAAUUUUACCUACACAAAGGUGCACAUGCAGCCAGUAUUUCAAGCUCUGAUAUUAUAACUAAAACUCUUACACCUCAGAUUGGAUUGGAUGGAUUUAUGGUUGGGCUCUUACCAACAAAUUGCUUUUAAUUUAAUGAACUCUUCCACUCUUGGCAGAAAUAUGGGGCUUUACUUUAUUCAGACCCUCACAAAGCAGUUUGAAUUCUAUUUUGAGAUAUAGAUAUAGGAACAGACUGUAAUAAAGUUUGUCUUAUUAGAGUCCAAUUUGUUUAAGUACGAUUUUGGUGAUAGAGGUUUAAGAUGUAACAAACCAGACUCCUAUAUGAAGACUACAAUGUGUAUGACAAGACAGGAAAAGUCCAUUUAUGUUGUGUAACGUUCUAUCAAAUAUUAUGUUAUAACUGUGUAUGUUUCUGGUAUCUAACAAUACAGACUGUAUAAAGACUACACUGUAUAUGACAAGAAUGGAAAAGUUCAAGUUUAUGUAUGUUGUAUAACACUCUAUCAAAUGUCAUGUCAUAAGUGUGUGUAUUUCUGGUAUGAUAUUGAAGUUACUUGUAUUUGCACAUGGAAUUCCAGUAUUUAGAAUUCUUCCAAAUUGCCUUACAAAAAAGCACCUAAUGGUGUAGAAGGUUGCAUUGUAGACACUGGUAUGUCCAGAGAGAGAAGCACAGUUUUUGUACAUAUUGACAUCUCUUGGACAUCUCUGUGGAAUUAUAUUCUGUCUCUGAUAAAUUCUAUGUCAGAUGACAUUUUACA